GGGCUGGCUCGGCUUUCAGCUCCCGGCUGUCUGCCGCCGCUGGCCUGUCCAAAAUGGAGGGCUCUCCACCGGCGCCGUUUGCCCUCCGGCUGCUCCUGCUCGCAGCGCUGCCGGCCGCCGGGUGGCUGAUGACGGUUACCAAUGAGCUGCCAUUGCCGCCCCAAGCCCCGAAGGACAGCAUCAGAAUUAAUGUAACUACCCUGAAAGGUGAUGGGGAAGUAUCUAAAGAACAGGUUGUUCUUAACAUAACCUAUGAGAGUGGACAGGUAUAUGUAAAUGACUUCCCUGUAAAUAGUGGUGUAACCCGAAUAAGCUGUCAGACUUUGAUAGUGAAGAGUGAAAAUCUGGAAAAUGUGGAGAAAAAAGAAUAUUUUGGAAUUGUCAGUGUAAGGAUUUUAGUUCAUGAGUGGCCUAUGACAUCUGGUUCCAGUUUGCAACUAAUUGUCAUUCAAGAAGAGGUAGUAGAGAUUGAUGGAAAACAGGCUCAACAAAAGGAUGUUACUGAAAUUGACAUUUUAGUUAAGAACCAGGGAAUACUCAGACAUUCAAACUAUACCCUGCCUUUGGAGGAAAGCAUGCUGUAUUCUAUUUCCCGAGACAGUGACAUUUUAUUUACCCUUCCCAACCUCUCCAAAAAAGUAGAAAGUGUCAGCUCAUUGCAGACCACCAGCCAGUAUCUUAUCAGGAAUGUGGAAACUACCGUAGAUGAAGACGCUUUACCUGGCAAACUACCUGAGACUCCUCUCAGAGCAGAGCCUCCAUCUUCAUAUAAGGUGAUGUGUCAAUGGAUGGAAAAAUUCAGAAAAGAUCUGUGUAGGUUCUGGAGCAGUGUUUUUCCAGUAUUCUUUAUGUUUCUGAACGUCAUGGUGGUUGGAAUUAUAGGAGCAGCUAUGGUAAUAACCAUCUUAAAGGUGCUCUUCCCAGUUUGUGAAUACAAAGGGAUUCUUCAAUUGGAUAAAGUAAGUGUUAUACCUGUCACAGGUAUCAGCUUAUUUCCGGAUAAUCCUGAGAAAAGAGCAGAAAACCUUGAAGAUAAAGCAUGUGUUUAAAACACCAUCUCAAAUCAUGGACUCUGAAUUAGUCUUUUGGCUCUAAAAUUUGCCACUUGAAUAGAAUUUUCUUUAAUUCGCUAAGAAUCUGUUUAUACACUAGGGAAAUUGCUGAACUCCUAAAACUGCCUAAAACUUGACCUUUAAGUGACAGGUUAAAGUUCACCUUACUCUAGAACAGGGCUGGCUAUUCAGAUGAUGAAUUAAGGGAAAUUUAAAUGAAGUAGAAGACGUGAAGAAACUUCCAAAAAAAAAAAAAAAGGCAGGACAAAAUGCCAUGUGCCAAUACUUUUCAAGGUGCCUUGUAAGGGAAAUUCUAUCCACUUAAUUACUAUAAUAUAUGAGACUUUAUGAAAAGCACUUUAUGAAAUUCUAAUUUAAAAGCUCAAGAAUUUAACAUAUUUUUUUAUUCAGUAAAAUGUGCCUUUAUAUUAAGUAUGUGACUCAGUAUAAAAUCACUGAAGUUUAUCAUGAUUUGAUUGUAUCCUGUACCAAGACUACUUACCUGAAUGCACCAGGAUUUAAAAAUAGUAGUGACAUGUUUUCACUCUAAAAUAAACUUUUUUUUUUUGAGGAAACAGUAUAGAGUUUUGGUAUGAAGACAUUUCCCAGGCAAGAACUGCUUCUAUGUAAGAGCUCCUUUCACAUACACUGGCUGAAACCAGGGCUCAGAUCAGUUAAGGAGUCCAUCCGUCAGUGUCCUGGAAUUAGACCGUGCCUUUGUUCUCGUGGUUCUUAGUGCUAUUUACCCUUCAACAGUGUUUGGUCUUUUUUUAACCGUCACUCACACUGACAUCUAUUUUAUGUGAUCUAGUACUUAAAAUACCUUUAUUCCAAGUGGUAGAUAUUUCCUAUUAUUUUAUUAAUUUUUUAUUGCAACCCAUCAUUUUAAAAAUACCAUUCAAGAAAGUAGGGACUGGUUUUUAAAACCACCUUAAGCAGGGAGGAGGGGAAAAAGUAAAACCCCCUUAGAGUUAGGCUCAACAGAUAUGUGUGUAUGGGGGAAGGAUGACAGUAGAGUGAAGGGGUGAGGUUUCAUUUGCCUAGCUGUUUUUAAUAAGGAAUAACAGCCUGUGAAAUACACUUUCUCCAUAUUAUAGAAGAAUAAUAGCAUGAGAUUCAGUUUGAUCCUCAAGUCGCCCAGCUAGUAACACUUUAUGUCCUUCCUCUGUCAAGAUGCUAGAAAUCUCCAGUUCCAACUCCAAAUAAUGACAGGGUCUUAUUGCAUCCAUUGAGUCUACAGAGGCUCUAGUGAGGAGAACCAUGCAGGAGGCUAUGUGGCCCAUUGCAGAGUGUGGCCUUCACUGUCAGCAGGGUCCUGUCCGCCUUCCCUCCCUACCAGUGAGACCGGGACCGUGGCAUGGUGCUCUUUUCUAUGGUUAGGAUGAUAUAACAAGUUAUUUUUUUAAAAAUCCUAAAUGGGCAUCUUACCUGUAAGAUUUUAUACCAUUAACUUUCAUUUAUUAACUUACAGUUGCACCAUUAUUUUCAUUAUGCUUUGUAUCCGUGAGUGAACGGGUUCGUGAGUUUCAUUCAUUAGAGCAGCGUGAGCAGCACUGGCUUACAAGCAUCUGUUUGCCUACAGUGCAGCCUCAUACGUAGGCAGAAUAAGGUCAAGCAGGAGUGUGUAUAUAUAUGUAUUUUUUUUCUUUUUAAGUGCAUUAGAAAAUGACGGGUAUUUAAAGCCCUCCCAGGAAGAGGAGGGAAGCUCCUGUAACCCCAAGCAGGAAGGCACAACGAGGGCAUGGUUUGUGCAUCAACUGGCUACUUGUGUAAAAAUGUUCGGGAAUUUUCAGUUACCCACUGGCACCCAAGGAGCUAGAGCCAGUCUUACUCCCUAGAAGGAAUGGCAGCUGGACCGUGGAAGGGAAGAUGCUGUACUUAGAGGCGCAUGCAAAGACACUUCCAAGCUAAGUGAUCGUACCUGUGCUGCAACACAGCAUGGUCAGAGAGAGAAAUCAGGUAAUACCCAAAACAGAUUUGCUUUCAGCUUUAAAAAAUUGCCUUUAUUCAGAAUCAUACUUUUUUUUAAAUCUUACCAUUAUCAAAGUUAAAAAAAAAUAUAGCACUCAGUGCAAUGAAAUACUACAUUUAAUUAUUACUCAAACACUUAAGGCAGGUUCUCACAGUUUACAUGUGAGAAUUUAGCAUGAUCCAAACUCAAAUAUCCACUUCUCAUAUCUCUCAAUGUCUGCAGCAGAAACGGACUUAGAGACCUUUUUUAAAGCCAUUUCAAAAUCCUCCAUAGUUGUAGGCAUGUGCAUUUCUUCUCUUGAAAGAUUUCUGAUUUCUUCUGGGGUCAAACCUUCAAUACGCCUCCUCAUUGCCAUCAAGGAUGCAUCCCUAAGUUUUUAAAUUAAAACACACAAAGUGUUAUUUUGAUUGAAUAAAAACCCGUGAACA